UCGGAAUCGCCACGAGCCCACGAGCCAGAAAAAAAGGAAAAAAAGAGAGUCGUAGUUCGCCUCUUCUUCCUCCUCUCGUUCUCGCGGCGGCGGCGGAGAUGGCGUCGUUCUCGGAGGCUCCCCCGGGCAACCCCAAGGCCGGCGAGAAGAUCUUCAAGACCAAGUGCGCCCAGUGCCACACCGUCGACAAGGGCGCCGGCCACAAGCAAGGUCCAAACUUGAAUGGUCUGUUUGGAAGGCAGUCAGGUACCACCCCUGGUUAUUCCUACUCUACGGCCAACAAGAACAUGGCUGUGAUCUGGGAGGAGAACACACUUUAUGACUACCUGCUUAAUCCUAAGAAGUACAUCCCUGGAACCAAGAUGGUCUUCCCUGGGUUGAAGAAGCCACAGGAGCGUGCUGAUCUUAUUUCCUACCUGAAGGAAGCAACCUCUUAAAAGGAGUGGAGCUGUCGUAACAUGAGACAAUCGGACAAUUCAUUCUACAGUUAAAUAAAAAUAUUUAGACAUCUGGGUCGCUCUGGUUUUACAGGGUGCAAUCCACGAGACAAUUAUCUUGUUAUAUUUUGUUCUUAUGGUUUAUGGGUUCCAUAUCUUAGGUUUAGCAGGAAAAGUCUUUCACAGCUUUUGCUUUAACUGCUGGAAAACACCAGUAUUUUGAUCACCAGUCGGUGAGACUGGAUUGCAUCCCUUUUGGAAAAAUACUGAGAUCCUUAAAUUUGUGAUAUUUUGAUCCAUUGCAUUUGCUACGGUUAGUUCUC